GUACUGGUACUCGAGCACGGUACGGCACCGCCGAUAAACUCACGGGUGACAAGACCAUAGUGGGGGACUUUGUGAUUUGGACGAAAAUGGAAAUAACCCUCCUUCGAUCGUGGUACGCACCGUGCUGCACUCGAGUACGAGUACCGGUACAGAUACAGUCGGAUACCGGCAUACAAACCAGGGGGGUUGUGCUUCCAUUGAUCUCCCUGAGAGCGGAAGUCGCAGGUCAAACAGGCCGCCAAACCCCGGAGCCAGCCAGCCCACGUUAUCGUUAGUUGGUGGGGCCAAAGGAGAAGGAUCAACGCCUCGGUUGUGGCUUCGUCGCAUGUUCUCAGAAGCCCACAGCGUGCAGAACACUGGUACCUCUUUGAAUCCAAUACCAAUGCCGGUACGGUACUUGCACUGCUGUCGGAUGGUCGGAGGAAUUCAGGCCGUCAGUCCACCACAGGUUUACCAGUAGUCUGACGGGUUAGGAGAAUCGCGAAUACCGGCUAAUGGGAUCCAACACAUCCGGUGGGAUAAUACCGGUGCAAUGCCAUGUCAGGGAAAGAGCUGAUCCUUCUCAGGAACUCUUGUCUCCAAAUCCACAUGAUUACUCGUACUUGUACAGGGCUAGCGUGAAUGGUGGAUUUCAACGCUCCAAUGACCCCCUGAGGGGUUGUCGUCGGCGACCCGUGGACUAUGACACCGGUAGCCGAAACCGAAAACAGGAAUGGGUUGCUAAGCCCCACCAAGCCCGGGGGUACUCGUACGAAGCGUCGUCUGGGGGGAUGGUCCCGUGGUUUGGCCUUUGCAUAGCAUAUUCCAUGCAUCCCUCCAAAGAAAUACGGUAUAGUACACGGCGGUUUCUACAGUGCUGCCCAUCUCCUGGUCCCCUGGCGUAUCCAACGUUCCGCCAUAACCUGCCCCACAAACCGCCGUACCCGCCAAAGCGAUACCGGUAUUAUCCCGGAAUACAAGUAGAGUCUCCGGAUCUUUGAGUAAUCCUACCGUCCCGCAAAGACUGGGUUGGUAAAGAAUCUCGCUACCGUAGGUCGUUGAAGCUGCCUCUCCUACAAUCACCUCUCAAAGGUAUUGUCCCACUUUCUAAAACCCCACCAAAAAGCGCAUAAACAUGGGUAAUUAACUAGCCCAUUUCUAUAUAAUAAAAUAUUGUAAAAAAUACAGAAAAUUUAUAUAAGUUACUUUUUAUAAGGUUUAUUUCAUAAUCUGAUUAAAAUAGUAAACAUUUGAUAUUUGCAUGAUCUGCACCUGGAUUUAUCUAGGCAUGGUAUGAUGAAAGAGCAAAUCUCCACCAGAGUUAGCCAAAUUUA